UUCCGUUUUCGUUGGUGCGGGGGAUGUAAAAGAUGUAAAUAAACCCUAGCGUUUCUUUCCUGCCCCUGUUUCUUCUCUCUGUAAAACAGCUGCAACCCAUCCAAAACCCCUCCAAGAAACCGUAGCGUUUGGGCAUUGGCCAUGGGCGUCGCCCUGGACUCUUCCGUCGACCCUCCUGGCAACGACAAGCAACGGUUUACAAAGGGAAGGCAAGCUCCUAAGUCAGCCAUUGAUAUGGAAUUCCUCGCCGCUCCUAUCAAAUCCGCCAAGGACAAAUUCGCGCUCGUCCCGGAAUUUCUAAAGGUGAGGGGGUUGGUAAAGCAGCACUUAGACUCGUUUAAUUACUUUGUGAACACGGGAAUCAAGAAAAUUGUUCGUGCCAAUAAUCGGAUUGAGUCGGAGAUCGAUCCAACUAUUUAUCUCGAGUUCAAAGAUAUCUAUGUCGAUAAGGCCUCGGUGAUGUCAAUGGGUAAAACUGAUGAUAUUUCUCCCAAUACAUGCCGCUUAUCUGAUAUGACGUAUGCUGCACCGAUAAAGGUUGAUAUAGUGUACAUUCGAGGAAGUCAUGAUCGGAAGGAGAAAGUCGAGAGGAAAGGUGUGACUAUUGGGAGAAUGCCUAUUAUGUUACAGAGUUGCUGCUGUACUCUAUUGGGGAAAAAUGAAGCCGAGCUUGCAAAACUGGGUGAGUGCCCCCUGGAUCCCGGAGGAUAUUUUAUCAUCAAAGGGAAUGAGAAGGUGCUUUUGAUGCAGGAACAACUCUCGAAAAACAGGAUUAUCAUUGAUAUGGACAAGAAAGGGAACUUUAAUGCAUCUGUUACAAGCAGCUCAGAGAGAAUCAAAAGUAAAACCGUUAUUCAGAUGGAAAAUCAGAGGAUCUAUUUGAUACUUAACCAAUUUGCCAAAAAGAUUCCUAUUAUGGUGGUCAUGAAGGCUUUGGGAAUGACGAGUGAUCAAGAAGUUGUGCAGAUGGUUGGUAGAGAUCCGCGGUAUGGUUCCUUGCUAAUGCCAUCUUUGGAGGAUUGUGCAAAGGAAGGUAUAUACACACAAGAGCAAGCCUUGGACUACCUUGAGUCAAAGCUGAAGCGGUUUAAUUUUUCCGGUUCUUCAUCCGAGAAGGAUAGUGCUAGAGUAAUGAAACUUCUUCGAGAUGUGUUUCUUGCGAACGUUAUGUGUCAGAAUGAUUUUCGUCCUAAAUGCGUAUAUGUUGCUGUAAUGUUGAGACGCAUAAUGGAUGCAGUUUUAAAUAAAGAUGCAAUGGAUGACAAGGAUUAUGUUGGUAACAAGCGGAUUGAGUUGUCUGGUCAGUUAAUCUCUCUUCUGUUUGAGGAUCUGUUCAAGACGAUGAUUACUGACAUUAAAAAGAUAGGAGACAAUAUAUUAUCAAAGCGUAGCAGGAGUAGCGCUUUUGACUUUGCACAGCAGCUUACAAGUGAUAGAAUUACAAAUGGGCUAGAAAGGACCUUAUCCACUGGAAACUUCAACAUAAAACGGUUCAAAAUGGACAGUAAAGGUAUGUCACAGGUCCUAUUUAGGUUAUCCUACAUAGGGUGUCUGGGCCAUAUGACCAGAGUCAAGCCACAAUUUGAGAAGACACGAAAAGUAAGUGGACCUAGAGCCUUGCAACCUAGCCAGUGGGGAAUGCUUUGCCCUUGCGACACUCCAGAAGGUGAGCAAUGUGGACUGGUUAAAAACUUGUCUUUGAUGGCUCAUGUGACAACUGAUGAAGAGGAGGGCCCAUUAAUGUCUCUAUGCAAGUGUUUGGGUAUUGAAGGCCUGGAAAUACUAUCAGCCGAGGAGGUUCACUCACCGUAUUCUUUUCUGGUUUUCUUCAAUGGAAACAUCCUUGGAAAGCAUAAGAAGCCACAUCACUUUGCCAACGCAUUGAGAAAGUUGCGUAGAGCUGGAAAGAUUGGGGAGUUUGUAAGUGUCUUCGUCAAUGAGAAACAGCGUAGUGUUUACAUUGCCUCUGAUGGUGGUCGAGUUUGUCGUCCACUAGUUAUUGCUGACAGGGGCGUACCAAGGGUCAAAGAACAUCAUAUGCAGGAGUUGAAGGAUGGAGUACGCACUUUUAAUGAUUUUUUAACUGAUGGGCUGAUUGAGUAUCUUGAUGUUAAUGAGGAGAACAAUGCUCUGAUUGCUCUAUAUGAAAACGAGGCAACAACAGAAACAACCCAUAUUGAAAUAGAGCCUUUCACCAUCUUAGGUGUUAUUGCUGGGCUAAUUCCAUAUCCUCAUCACAAUCAGUCGCCUAGAAAUACGUACCAGUGUGCUAUGGGAAAGCAAGCAAUGGGAAAUAUUGCUUAUAAUCAGCUACAAAGAAUGGACAUGCUUUACCUUCUGGUGUAUCCUCAACGGCCAUUGUUGACAACGAAGACAAUUGAGUUGGUGGGCUUUGAUAAACUUGGAGCCGGGCAAAAUGCAACUGUUGCUGUGAUGAGCUAUAGUGGCUAUGACAUAGAGGAUGCAAUAGUCAUGAACAAGGCAUCUCUGGAUCGUGGUUUUGGUCGUUGUAUUCUAAUGAAAAAAUUUUCUGGCACGCUUCAAAAAUAUGAAAAUGAUGCACGUGACAGGAUAGCAAGGCCCUAUAGGGAUGGACCUGAUGCUGGAAGGAUGCGGGCGCUGGACAACGAUGGACUUGCUGCACCUGGAGAAAUUAUUAGAAAUAAUGACAUUCUAAUGAAUAAACAGGUUCCUCAAGUCACGAGAGGGCCGCAGAUUUCCCCAAGCCAACUAAAUAUUCCAUAUGGAAAUGCUCCGGUGUCUUACAAGGGACCUCAUGGAGAAUCUUGUGUGGUUGAUAAAGUGACCCUCUCUUCUGAUAAACAUAAUAAUUUAUGUUCCAAGUUCUUAAUUCGGCAUACUCGUAGACCGGAAGUUGGUGACAAGUUCAGUAGCAGACAUGGGCAGAAAGGUGUUUGUGGUACCAUUGUCCAGCAGGAAGAUUUCCCUUUUUCUGAACGUGGCAUUUGCCCUGAUUUAAUUAUGAACCCUCAUGGGUUUCCAAGUCGAAUGACUGUAGGCAAGAUGAUAGAACUUCUUGGGAGUAAAGCAGGAGUGUCAUGUGGCAGGUUUCAUUAUGGCAGUGCCUUUGGUGAACCAAGUGGUCAUGCAGACAAGGUUGAAGAUAUAAGUGAAACGCUCGUGAGGAUGGGGUUUAGUUACGACGGCAAGGACUUGAUUUACUCAGGUAUCACAGGCUGCCCUUUACAGGCAUAUAUAUUCAUGGGACCAAUUUACUACCAGAAGUUAAAGCAUAUGGUUCUAGAUAAAAUGCAUGCACGGGGUAGUGGUCCUCGAGUUAGUCUAACUAGGCAACCUACUGAGGGAAAAGCCCGUAAUGGAGGACUACGAGUCGGAGAAAUGGAGCGUGAUUGUUUGAUUGCUUAUGGUGCUAGUAUGUUGCUUUAUGAGCGCCUGAUGCUGUCGAGUGAUCCUUUUGAAGUUCAUGUUUGCAAAGAGUGUGGUUUGUUGGGAUAUUACAGCCAUAAGCUGAAAACUGGAAUUUGUUCCUCGUGCAAAACUGGGGAUAAAAUGUAUACUGCAAAGAUGCCGUAUGCUUGCAAGCUCUUGAUUCAAGAACUCCAGUCGAUGAACAUUGUUCCUCGCAUAAAACCGGAAGAGCUUGAAAAGGAAUGAAGUUAUAGGUUAUGGCUUCUCUUGACACCGCGGAGUCUGCAACGUACAAACUACCAGUCAAUCAUGCAGAACUUCCUUCGACGCUCAUUCGAAGGUGAUGGAAUUUUUUUUUCUUUUUUGUUAGCAUGUCCAUUGCAAAGGAAGAACCAACAUUUCAGUAUUAUUUUUGUUAAUUUCUUUUGUGAUAUUAUCAUCGUAUCAAAUAAAAACAACAUGAAGUAUACAGGGUA